UAAACGUGCAGGUAUUAUCAGUCGCUCUUAUUCUGAAGCGCCACCGGAGACGUGCGCGUUCACAGCCGCCAUCUUGACGAGCAGUUCAGUUCGCCAGAGAAAGACGAGAGGGGGAAAAAGGGAGCGAGUGGAUAACGGGAACUGGGUCGGUUCAGAAAUUAAAUCAAACACGGGGGAAGGCGGCCGAGCGGGGAAGCUGCGACACUCAACAAAAGGGCUGGGAUCCUCUGCAUCCGUUUCUUGGCAUCUGCAGAUGGAGGAGUAGCCGGUGGAGUACUGGAAUGAAAGCAGAGACAGACAGACAGGGAUGAUGAUGAUGAUGAUGCUCUCCACUUUCCUCCUGGACCUCUUGAUCCAUCCCAUUAGCUUCCUCUAGAGUUCAGCAUACACAUCUUUUAAUUACCUCUUGCUCAUCUUCUGGCAGAGCAAACUUAUUGGCAUCUUGGCAGAACACCAAUACUUGCUACAACUUUUUUUUUUUUUUUUCUUUUUCACACACAUACAGUCUUUAUUGCAGUCAUGGCAAACAUGUGCCCGUAUGGCAAAUUCACCCACGCCGUGGUGCGGGGCAUCCCAGAGACCUUUGGGAAAGUGGUGGGAGACAGUCGUGAGAACGGGGAGGUCUCGGUGGACCUGGCCAAAGCCCAGCGUCAGUUUGGCUGCCUGACGGGAGCCCUGAGGCAGAAGGUAGGCCUGCAGCUGAUCGAGAUCCCCCCUGACCCCGAGCUGCCGGAGAGCUGGAGAAUAGAGGAUGUGGCGGUCAUCCAGGGAGACACGGCGCUCAUCACCAGGCCCUUCAAACAGCAGAGACGCAGUGAGGCGGAGGCAGUGAGGAGGGUGAUGUCAGAGCUCAACCUGACCGUGGUGGAGAUGGGGGCUGAGGAGGGAGACUCCGCAGGGGCCACGCUGGAGGGCAGCGAUGUCCUCUUCACAGGGAGGGAGUUCUUUGUCGGCAUCUCAUCCCACACCAACCGCAGGGGGGCGGAGGUGCUGGCAGACACCUUCAGGGACUUUGCUGUGUCCACCGUCCCCGUCUGCGGCGGAGCCCGGCUGAAGAACGUCUGCUCCAUGGGGGGGACGGACACCAUCAUCUUCAGCAGCAGUGACGGGGCCAAGAAGACCCUCCGGAUGAUGGAACAGCUGACCGAUCACCAUUAUGAGGUGCUCACUGUUCCCGAGGAAUCAGCAGCAAACUGUGUCUACAUCAAAGGUCCGUCCAGCCGGGACUUCCUGCUCCACCGACCUGCAGAGGAAUGUCCUGACAGCGCCUCUGCCUUCCAGAAGCUACAGGACUACACCCUCCUGCCUACAGCCUGCAGCGAGGCCUCCAAACUGGGGGCGUCCCUGUCCUCGCUCUGCCUCCUCAUCAACAGAAAACACACAUAUUUCUGAAAACGAUUCUGACCUUAAGUAGGAAACACAGCCAAGUGGGGUAAAGUGAGGCGUCUGACGGGCCACAUCACAGAUUUCCACAGAUUAACAUUCUUGUCUAUUUAUUAAAAGGGGAAAAACACUGACACACAGCAUCUGUGUGAGAAUCUGAUCAGACUGUAACAUCUGUAAUGUGACUCUCUGUAGUGGGUUCAUGGUGCUGCUGUGCCCCCUGCUGAACCAAAAGUGCAGCACUCAGCUUUAAUGUAACUAUUCAUGAAACCACUUAAUUCAGCUGUAGCUUCACAGUUUCCCAUUUCUACAUACCAUCACAGAGAUGACUAAUUAUUUACAUAUUUUGACAGAUGACGCUGGUACCAGGGUUUCACCAAGUUUUGGGGAGUUUUUAAUCAUCAUGGAAUGAAAUUUAGGACCAUAUUCAAGAUGUCGUUUCAAAAUGUGAAGAUAACCAACAGGGAUGAUUUGGCCUUAAGAUUGUUGUCUGGUAAUUUUACAAUAUUUUUAACAGAACCGUUUUUAAAAUAAAUAAUGCCACUGGGACAAGGUAGCACAAAAUGAAUGGAUCCACUAACAAGCAAUGUUUCAUUUAAACCUAUUUAUGACUCGACCUUUAUAACAUUACUGCUGAUUUCAGGCAAGAGGAACAUGUUUUAAAAUAAUUAGAAACAGUUAAUCUGAGACAAGAUGUUCCAUUAGGAUUUUGUCCUUCCAGUUACCAAAUCUGAAUCCUGAAAGAGCACAGAAAUAAUAUUUUUAACAGCUGUGUAGUAUUAACCCUGUAUGGAAGUGGUGAAGUUACACACAUCACUUCCUUUUUGUGGAUAUUAGCUAUUCAGUUGCAUAUAGGACAGUGCUGAAAUGCAGCAACAGACAUUUUUGAUACUGGUAUCAGAAUAACCCUGAUAAAAAUUUAAUACCUUCAAAAAGCCUUUAACAGAACUGAAUUCAGUGUUUGUAAGACUUGUCCUGUGGUACCUAAAUGCAUGUCUGAUUCACCUCAGUGUAAAGCUUGUAUGUCCAUAAUACAUAAACAGUUUGGUACCUAUUUUGAUUCUCAAAUAUUAGUUUAUCAACACUCACAAGGACAUGUAGCUGCUAAGAAUAGAAAUGCAGAGUUGUGUGUUUUUUAUAAUUGUUUUAGCUUUAUGUAUGACUUUGUAGAAGAGUAGUGAUGCCAAUAAAACUGAAGACAGUAA